AGAAAGUUUACGUCAGUUCGACCAGAAUGGAAAUUCUCAACUAUAUCUUCUUGUUACUUACCAUAUUAGCGAAUUUCUCUGCUGUGAACGCUGGCCCACGCGAACAAAUGCUUGCUUAUGUGCAUCAACGGAUGGCUUAUGAGAAUGCUGUUCGUAGAGGAUUAAUUAAAAGAAAAUCAGCUGCUCGUAACUAAACAGUAAUAUUUCGUGCUCGAGUGUCGAUAAACCUUGCAUUGUGAUUCAAGUUGUAAUAGAAUAUUU